AUGCAUCUUCCGUAUGAGUCGAGGGGCCGACGGCGCCGCGAGAUGAACGAUCUGGAGCCCUGGUGGCUGCAAUCCAUCGUCGAGGAGACGCUAGUGGAGCACCCCGACCUUGUAAGAACCGGCAGCCCUGACUACAUGUGUUCAAUGUUGCCGCAACAUUGGCGGUCCAACAAGACCCUGCCUGGCGGUUUUAAGGUGGUAGCCCUUGGCGAGGUGCUAGACGGCACCCUCGUGACCGUCAGGGCUGGCAACGACGAGAACAUAACCGCAGAACUAAGGAACAACACGGCCGUCAUGAAGAACAGGGUAGCGAAAUUCAAUGACCUGAGGUUCGUUGGCAGAAGUGGAAGAGGGAAGAGUUUCUCGUUGACGAUAACAAUAUCGACUUCGCCACCUCAAGUGGCUACGUACCAAAAGGCGAUCAAAGUAACAGUCGACGGUCCCCGGGAACCUCGUUCCAAAACCAGUACCAACGUGCCGACCCACAGGACCAUAGACUUUCCGCGGCAGUUCAUCUCGUGCCCGCCGCUCCCAUUACGCGAAGAGUACAAGACACCAACCACGAGGAGUCUAAGAACGCUAUCGCACGAAGAGCGGGAGUACAAAACCAACGCCAGCAUACCCAUUGGAGAGAGCAGUGGCAAUAUCCUCGGCGCGAGCGAAUGGAACACUGGCUACCCUUCAACGGCGGGGGUUUACCCAACGUACAGCAGCAUGCCUUUACAACCUCCUUACUACAAGUCGGAUCCGGCUAUUCACAUACCAACAGUAUUGCCGGAAAUGCCGCUGUGUCACACGGACUACGGCGGCUUCCAGACCGGUAGUGCGGGCUUCAAAGGCAGCCCGGGCACAUCCGGGCCCGCGCUGACCGACCUGAACACGCCCUCGCUGACUGGCCACACGACGGCGAUGCCCACCCAAGCCCGCUGCGAGCCCAACUACUACAACUCGUGGCCUACGAACACCUACAACUACAACAAUUACCAAUACAAUAACAUCAACAACAAUCCCACGUGCCUGCAGUCGCACACGCCGUACAUAAACCCGAACCCCCAAAUGAUCCUGCCUAACCUGUACUCGACGGUAAACCAAAACCAAAUCCACGUGCACCUGCACAGCUCUACCGACAAACAUAUCGAGCAGUACAUCCCUAGCGAGAUAAAAAUAAGCGACAUCGAUGGCGGCAUAUCGAUAACGACCGAGCUCCAAGGCGCCGGGGAGGGAAGCGGGUUGGUCCAGACUUGUGAAGGGGGCGAUGACGUGAAACACGGACUCUACGGUGCCGCCAACCAAGAAGUAUGGCGUCCUUAU